UGGCCUAGCUCCUCGGCGGGUCUCGGCCGUCCGCGUUUCCCAGCGUCCCGGGUGUCGGCGCGGUCCGGAGCCGCGCGCCGUGCUUUGGGGCAUGCCCCGCUACGAGCUGGCUUUGAUCCUGAAAGCCAUGCAGCGGCCGGAGACUGCCGCUGCCUUGAAACGGACGAUCGAAGCCCUGAUGGACAGAGGGGCGAUCGUGAGGAACCUGGAAAGCCUGGGCGAGCGUGCGCUGCCGUACAGGGUCUCCGCCCACAGCCAGCGGCACAGCAGAGGCGGGUAUUUCUUGGUGGAUUUUUAUGCACCAACAACAACUGUUGCAGGCAUAAUGGAUCACUUGUCUCGAGACAUCGAUGUUAUUAGACCUAACAUUGUAAAACACCCCCUGACCCAGGAAGUGAAGGAGUGCGAAGGGAUGGUCCCAGUCCCACUGGAGGAAAAACUCUAUUCCACAAGGAAGAGGAAGUGAGAAGGUCCCCCAGAGUCGGCCUGUGCUCAAUCAUGGGGUAGUCAUCUACAGGCCCGGCCUUUGUAGUAACGCGUGUUACAAGGUGCCAUCUGAGUUUUCCAGGUGUUUUCAGCUCUUGCUCCCUUUUGCCAGGGGGCGGGGCAGGGGGGCUGGGGAACGACUUGCUUGGAGCCACUUUGUAACCUGUGUGGUGCCAGCACAUUGUUCUCGAUGUCGUUAAAUGUAAUAUUUUUGUUAGUGAGAUCUCAUUGCCCUACAACACUAACAUCAUUGUAAACAACAAAACUUAUAAAACCCUCUUGGAUUAUAAUGAGCUAAUCAUUCAGACUGUGGAACUUUGCGAAAUAAAACACCACUCAGAUUAUAAAA